AUUCCACAACCAUAUAUGUGCAACAGCCCUGGGGAGGCUGAGCCCCUGCAGCACCAUCUGCUCCACAGCCCAGGAGACUGGGACUGUUCCAGCCCUGCCAUGCACAUCACCCAGCUGAACCGGGAAUGCCUCCUGCACCUCUUCUCUUUUCUGGACAAAAACAGUAGGAAAAAUUUAGCAAAAACAUGUCACAAGUUGCUAGAAGUGUUUGAGGAUCCUUUACUGUGGCCUUUGUUGAACUUCCAUUCUCCAGUGGAACUAAAGAAGGAUAAUUUUCUCCUGGGACCUGCUUUAAAAUACUUGUCCAUCUGCUGGUAUUCAGAGAGAGUCAAGGUGUGUAACAUUGAGGACUGGAUGAAAAACAGUUUCCAGAGAGACUUCUGUAACAGGCAUGAGAACACUGUCAGGGAUUUUUUACUACAGGUUUGCAACAGGUGUCCAAACCUGCUGUCCCUGACCCUGUCUGGAUGUGGCCAUGUCACAGAUGACUCCAUCCUGCUGCUCCUCAAGAGCUGCCCCAAGCUGAGGACACUCAAGCUGGAGAACUGUGUGCGGAUCACAGACCAGAGCCUGCAGGCCGUGACCCUGCACGGGGGGGCCCUGCACACCCUGCACGUGGAUUUCUGCAGGAACAUCACCCAGGCUGGGCUGCAGAGGGUCAGAGAACAGUGUCCUUCAGUGAUGCUGAGAGCAGAGAGAAGUGCCAACAUGAUCCCAGACAGCCAGCCAGACAAAAAGCUGAGGCUUGAAAGAGCAUCAAGAAAGCUGGUUCAGCUUUAGGUGCAGCAAAUUGUGGGAUGGGUAUGAUCAGGGUGGGUAUCUCACCUCACCUGAACUCAGGAGCAAUGACCUGUGGCACUUCCCUGCCUUCCAGUUAAGUCCAAACAAAUGGCUGGUUUGUUUCAUAAAGGGUGCACCGGCAAAAGGCAUCUCCACCAGGAAAAAACGUUUGCUCUCUGUUGUUCCUUGAAACUGGAAACCCUGCCCUGCUGUCACACAGUGCCAGACCUGCCCCAAACUGCAAUUCAGGUCCCUCCUGGUGUGGGUGAGUGCAAUGCACCUCACUCAGGAGGGAGCAGCAGGAUCUUUGAUUGAGGCCACAUUAUAACUUGAUAGAGUUCAAUAAAUUUGAUGGAAUUUAACAAAAUUUCA